AUGCCAAUUUACACAAAUUCGGCCCUGGCUGCAAUUCUCAAAAUGCAACCAUUGUUCGUAUUUCUCGCGUUAUUUGCAGUGCAGUGCAUUUCUGCUGAAAUCCCCGAACCCUGCGAUGCUCGGCUCAAUGGCUGUGUCGCUAGAAAUAAGGCACUACCUCCCACCAUUUUCGCCGCCAUGACCCAAUCGGACCCAAAUUUUCGGGAAUCCGACGCCUGUCCCUUGGUAUGCUACAACGACACGGGCGCGCAAUUUGAAAUCAGCCAUCGCUUCGAAAAUCCUCAGGUUCAGCUGCUUGGAUAUCUUUUGCAUGGCUCUGUGGAGGCCGAGAUCUUGGGUGCUCCCGGAGUGGGCGUCAUUCUGUCGUUCUACUUGCAGAGCGACGAUAAGGACGAGAUUGAUAUUGCCGAGAUCUUUGGAGGAAACCACUUGUUGUUCCAAACCAACUACUUUUCCAAGGGUGACGUUACUACCAAUGGCAAGGGCAUAUACGUGGGCCUCGACCUGUCGCCUUUGUACAAUUUCCACAAGUAUGGCGUGCGCUGGACUGCUGAAGAAAUAGAAUGGACUGUGGAUGGCGCCGUUGUGAGGCAUGUCAGGAAGGAGCCCGGUGAAGGGUUUCCCAAUUCGCCGAUGAGAGUGCGCUUCAGCUUGUGGAUAGGAGGAGACCCGGCAAACGAAGCCGGAACAAUCACUUGGUCCGGAGGAAUCACCGACUUUGCAGAAGCGCCCUUUCGAAUGUUUGUGCGGAAUAUACGGAUUGACAAUGCUGGCGGCGGGACUGAGUACAUAUAUAGCAAUGACCAGGCCUUGGUCGUUCAUGGUGUUGGAGAGGACUUAUUCUUCAACGGCCUGGCGACGAUCGCGCGGUUAUCGCUGGAAGCUGGCGGAGUGAGCGGGAUCCAGUGGGCGUGGUAUUGGCUUUUGAUGGUGGUGUUCGUCAGUAUGUAG